AUGUCACUAUCUUUAAAUGAUAUCAAAUUCCCAAUGCACUGGAACUUGGAUCCGAAUGAGUUCUCCUAUGUAGAAUAUGUUUACCGUGAGGGAUUGGAACUGGGCGUGUGGCGUCCAGAUAAUAAGCGCGACCAAAUGGCCCAUACCAAUGUGGUCAGUUUAUCGAGAUACUUCUGGCCCAACGUUGACUUUGAUCGUUUGGUAAUGGGUGGAGAACUGAUGUUAUGGUUCUUCACAUUCGACGAUGGAUUGGACGCUGGCAUCUACGACGAUCAGAAGAGUUUAGAACUUGUACGACGUAUGGACAUUGUAUUCAUGGAUGGAAUACUCCCUGAAGACCCAACGGGUCCAGAAAAAGUGGCACUUCGUCUUCGAAACAAGUGUCUGGCCAUGUGUGGCAGGCGCAAAGACACCUUCAAUCGAUUCAUAACCAGCUGUGUACAAUGGGUGGAUUCAAUCAUUCCCUUCAACAAAGUCAAG